UUAAGUAACAAGGUUACGUCUUUGUUUAUUCAUGCCGUGUUAUUUGUUGUCUAAAUAUUCUGUGGGGGUUCAAUUAUAUUUAUUUUACCUUUUGAAUUGGUUUAUAGAAUUGAAUUUAUUCCAAGAUCUGAAUAUGAGCAUAUGCUCUACUCAUCCCCAGGCCUGCGGUUACUACACACAGAAUUGUUAUUGAGUAUUUUUACUUUACUUUACAACUUUUACUUUACAGUAUUCCAAAUUGAGUCAGCCUCAUAGAUUUAUUAUUUAAAAUGCUAACAUAAGGAUCGAAAAUUGUAUGCAGAUAGCAGUAGAAGUAAUUUUGCUCCACAGAAAUUCACACAAAUACAAAAUGUCCCAGGAGACAAUUGAAACCACAAUUCAGCCAAGCAACGAGGUGCAAAACGCAUUAGUUGCUGACCAAUCAUCCUUCAGCAUGGUUCAGUUUUCGCUGCUACGCUUCUACUUUGAGUUGAGUCGCCUCAUCGGCCUCUGCAACCUGCACUACGAUCCGAAUCAGCGUCGCCUUGUGCUCAAUCAUGUGCCCACAGUGGUGUACUGCCUCGUCCUGGAUGUGGUCUUUGUGCUGGUCAUGCCCUUUGCCUUCGGUCUGCUGGCGGGUAAAAUUUACGGAUGCAAGCACCUCGGCAUGUUCAGCACCGUCUACAGUGUGAUGGGACAGGCCAAGCUCUUCACAAUGCUGCUGCUCGUCAGCAGCGUCUGGCUGCGGCGUUGCCGGGUUGAGCGUCUGGGGAAUGAAUAUCUGAAGCUGCUGUUCGAUUUCCGCACCGCCAUGCGCAACAACUGCCGUAGGCGCUGCCUGUGGAAGGUGGCACUGACCAGCUCCCGCUUUGUGAUGCUCAUCCAAAUCCUCCUGACGCAAAACUCUCUGGUGCACUGUCAACGCACCCUGGAUCGGGCAGGUGUGGCGCCCUUCUAUAUGGCCGCGAUAGUGUAUGCCCUGAUCAUGGAGCUGAUGGUGAGCUAUGUGGACUUUACGGUGUACAUGAUCCAAGUAUCUGGCAAUUGGUUGAUCUCGAACAUGACGCAUCAGCUGCAGGAAAUGUUUGAUGAUCUGGAGGUCCUGCCAAAGCAUUUGGGUCGUCCUCGAGAUAUGGGCAUCAGGCAGAUCCUGGACGCCUGGCUUUUACUCUGGCAUCGCUGCCUGCAACUGGAUGAUCUUCUAAGGCAACUGCGCCAGAUCUUUCAGUGGCAGAUUCUGUUCAAUAUGGGCACCACUUAUAUCUACAGCAUUGCAACCGUCUUUCGCCUGUGGAUUUACAUGGAGUAUGCCGAGGAUUUCAACAUGUGGAAGUGCCUCUUCACCGUCUUUGUGUGCCUCGCUCACCAUGCCGAGAUCAUGAUGCAGUUUUCCAUCUUCGAAACAACUAGUUCCAAGUGGCUAAAGCUCCGGGAGCGGCUGCAAAAUCUCUGGUUUGUGAAUCAGUCUCAGAAUGGCGUGGGUCUGCCCUCAGAAGUGGUUCUAUCGAGGAAGUUGGAGUUUGCCAUUUUUUACCUCAAUCGGCAGCUCCAGUCGCGACCGCAACGCGUGCGACGCCUCCAUAUUGUGGGACUCUUCGAUCUGAGUCGUGCCUCCGGUCAUGCCAUGACUGCUUCUGUAAUGAGCAAUGCCCUGGUACUUUGUCAGAUUGCCUAUAAGAUAUACGGAUAAUUAGACUACUCUACAAUUUAACUUUAACAGAAUUUAAUAUGUUCUAUACUCAAAAUUUAUGGUGGUUUUAUCUAUAUAAAGUUUCUGCUAUAAAAAUCAACAUUU